CGCAAAAUGGCUGUGGGUCACUUUUUUCACCUAAAGUGUCAUAGAUAGUCAAUGUUAACCGACAUUGCACAAUGGAUGUCCGUGUCAUAUGACAAAACCAACAGGUAAAAUCUGCGUCAUGUGACUGGAGUCCAUCUAUCAGGGUCAAGAGCCGAUUUGUUGACGACUGAUCACACAUACAUGUACACACCACUGCCCUUAUACAGCUGCAAGACUAUCAAUGGGGAGUAAUCCUGAUGUGAGAAGACAUUUAAAAGUCCUACUUUUCUUUAAAAAGUUCAGAGAAAGGUAAAGCCGGUGUAGCUGAGCAAUAUGGCGGAUUCUAUGUACAGAUCCACCGGUGGUCCUGUAAGGCCUGGUUUAGUAUCAUAUGGGAAGCCGGACAGCUUCCGUUAUACUCCAGCGCAUGUUGAAGAUCAGUUUUCGAGGUCAUACAUGGGUCAAGGUCGAGGACAAGGUGAAGGUCUGAAGAGGUACAUAGACAGAGUAACUUCAACCUGGGAAGAUUUGGAUGCUCUUGCCCUCUUACCCAUAAACUCUCUUCCAGCGCAAUCUGUGACAGCCCUAGAAAAGACUUUAGAGAAACUUUUAGAAUUCCACACGUUUUCAAAGACCAUAUCUAAGGACCACGACCAUUUAGCGAAAGUAAAUAGAAGUUUAUCCGAAGAAAAGGAAGUUUUGAUUAAUGAAAUCCGUGAGCGUGAUACCAUCAUACAGCAACUGCAAUCCUCGCUGAAGGCUUUCCGAGAUUCUCCGAGAACGGGACUCGGCGUGCACACGCACACUCGUCAAGGUUCCGACGGUAUCCGGAGAUUGCCGAACAACGCAUUACCGAAGACCCCUGGUGCCGCCGCAGGAAUGGAUUUACUGACGCUUAGAGAAAGAGUUGCUGAAUUGGAAGAUCAGCUUAAUUCUCAGCAGUCGAACACAGUCGGCAGGAUGUCACCAGAGAAAGAGCUAGAGAGGAUAGACGAGAUUCAGGCCCAGUUCGACAGUCUGGAAUCGUUCGGUCUCAACCAGAUGAAACAAGUUGUCGAUCACGUGGCCAGGCAGCUUCCAGACGAGGAACGGUUCAAAGUCGUUUACGGAAUAUUGGUGGUUGCCCUUGACCGUAGUGGUGAUAUGUUGGCGUCGCUGAAAACAGCUAUUAGGAAACUUAUCAACCAGCCUGACCGAUAUCUGACGGUGGCUCCCUCUGGCGGUAAUGACAAGGAUGAGAAUGGCUUGGAGCAUCACUCGUCAUUGAUCGUCAGGGAAAACGUUAAAAUGUUUGAAAAUAAAGAGUCUGGUCUGACAAAAGAUCCUAGACAGCAGGCCAGGAUAAGCCAGGAGCGAAUCAACAAUGUGUAUAACCACAUCCGGGAACUCUUGAACGAAACUGUGGACAGUUGUAAGCUCCAUGCCUUAGAAAAGGAGGUUACGGAUGUAAUGAAGAGCGAAUACGGCGCCACGCUGCAUGCUUCACUUUGGUUUGACUCAAAAUACACCAAAUUUUUGGCGGACUGCUGCCGACUGGCCUGGAAAAUCAGCUUGACGGAUCGGGACAUCGAGCUAAAUUUCGCACCAUUUGAAGUCUACAACGAAAAACGCCACCAUGCGUUCCGCUCGGAACCUGGACCACGAUCAAGGGUAGACUACUUUGCGUGGCCCAUUCUUGUGGAUGUGGAAUCAAAAUAUGUGCUGCAUAAAGGCAGAGCUCAUUUCAGCUAACUCUUUUGAAAAGAUUCCAAUACACAAGAUAUCUAUAGAGGGAAAUGUAACAACAACAACAAAAAAAAAAACAAAACAAAA